UUUUAAAAGUCCUAAAGCUAGAGAGAGAAAGCCAUGGACCAUGGUGAUUCUUGAUUACUCCGUACAAUACUUCUACAAGUAUUAGCAUUAGCAUUUUCCACCAUCCCCACCUAAACAAUAUCCACACAACUCAUCAACACACACUGUCCCCCUCUCUUUCUCUUUCCUCCCUGCUUAUAUAUUGGAGUAUUACUGUUGUCCCUUCAAUUGCAAAUGUGCAAACACUCUACAAACUAUUUCAUCUUUCCUACUCUCGAUCUUUCCGUCUUAUAAUAUUAAUCGCAACAAUUUUUUAGAUUUGGAAAAGAUGGCAAGUAAUUUCGUUGAAGUGAAAGAAGCCAUAGUUAUCACCCCUUCAGAGCCCACCCCUAACUGUACUCUUUCACUCUCCACACUUGAUUCUCAGCUCUUCCUCCGCUUCACUAUUGAAUAUCUGCUCGUCUACAACCCUUCCCCUGGGGUCGAUCGCAGGCAAUUCUCUGCUCGUGUGAAGUCUGCUUUGGGUAAGGCUUUGGUACAGUACUACCCUCUAGCGGGCCGGGUUCAAGAGAAGCGUGAUGGGUCGGCUCUUCAGGUUGUGUGUCGGGCUCAAGGGGCUGUGUUUGUUGAAGCUGUUUCUGGGUAUAGGGGGGCUGAUUUUGAAAAGGCGCCUCGCUACGUGGAGGAGUGGCGGCAACUCUUGUGGGUCUACGUGGAUGAUGUAUUAAAAGGGGCUCCACCUCUUGUCGUGCAACUUACGUGGCUUGCUGACGGGGCGGUGGCGAUUGGGUUCGGGUUUAAUCAUUGUUUGUGUGACGGGAUUGGGAGCGCUGAUUUCAUCAACUCGUUUGCCGAGUUAACUCGUGGGGUUUCGGUUCGUGGGCCGAAGCCUGUUUGGGAUCGACACUUGCUUGACUCGUUCCCGUCGGGUAAACCCAAAGGGAGUGUCCGUGUUAACUCAGUGAACCAUCCCGAGUUUAGCAGAGUUCAUGAUUGUUGUGAGUUCUUAGCAAGAUUCUCUAGUGAGACACUGGUCCCAACUUCAAGUGUCUUUGUCAAGUUUCACAUCGAUCAACUCAAACGACAAGCUAGUCGACUCACCGAGUCAACAAAAUACACGUCAUUCGAGGUUGUUUCGGCCCAUAUAUGGAGAUGUUGGGCCAAAUCGUUACACAUGCCCCCAAACCAAGUCCUAAGGCUUGUAUUUAGUGUCAAUUUCCGAAACCGAUUAAAACCGGGUCUACCCACCGGGUUUUAUGGAAACGGGUUUGUACUUGCGUGUGCACAAACUACAGUUAAGGACUUAACCGAGAAGGGUUUGGGUUAUGCUUCGGAUUUAAUAAAAAGAGCAAAGGAAAAUGUGGAUGGUAAGUAUGUGAAAGAAGUGAUCGAGUUAGUUAGUGGGAAUCGGACGAGUCCUGACCCAGUAGGGGUGUUAGUACUGUCUCAAUGGUCAAGGCUUGGGCUAGAAAGGGUUGACUUUGGGCUAGGAAAACCAGCCCAUGUAGGGCCCAUUUGCAGUGAUAAGUACUGUUUGUUAUUGCCAGUUCAAAAUCAGAGGGAGGCAGUGAGGGUGAUGCUUGCUGUCCCGACGAGUGCCGUUGACAUGUACCAAAAUUUAUUAACAAAAUGCUUAUCUUCUCAUUAAAAAAAUUCGAGCGUAAACUUUGUUAAUUAGAAUUAGAGCUUACUUUAUGGAGGAUUAGAUUGCUAAAUAAUAUCAUGUUUUUUACUCGUAUCAA